CUGGCCGUAUGUAUACCACACAGUCCAUAGAGACUGUCGGUAUACCUAAUGGUGCAGAUCAGGGAAUCAAUGUGCUUGAACUUGAGGCCACUGAUCAUAGAUACAUAAAUUUCAGUAGGAGGGUGCUUCGCAGGUUCUUUAACAAGUGUUAUCAUAAGGUGAUGCAUGUGCAACCACAACUGCGAGCUGGUCCUAGUGAUGAAUUACGUUUGAGAGUUACUAAUCAAGAGAUGAGAGCGGAAGCACUUGGACUCGUUCGAACAUAUUCUUCAUUGUUCUUGGUGAUGCAUUGAGAUAAGACAUUCCAUCUGAAAGUGGAUUCAUUUCUAAAUAUAAAUUUUUGUGUGCUGAAGAAGCCUCACUGCCUCAAGGUUGAUAAUUGGUUAGCUUCCUGCCUAGUGAUCAGAUGAUCAAGUUUUUUGCUUCCUUUUGACAUGUAUAUAUUGAUAGUAAACAACUGUAGCCCUCUUUUAUCCAUGUAUUCCAUUUCAAGAUUGAUAUCCUACAUGCAAAGUAGAGAGUGAUUAGGAUAAGGAUCCAACUUAGGGUGUGAAUUUUACAUAUUGAAUCAUGUGGGUGCCCCUGCCCCCAUCUGGAAGUGAAUCUUUUCUAAAUAUAAAUUUGUGUGCUGAAGCCUCAGUGCCUCAAGGUUGAAAAUUGAUUAGCUUCCUGCUAACCUUUCAUCCAUGUAUUACAUUUUGAGAUUGAUAUCUUACAUGCAAACUAGAGAAAGAUUAGGAUGAGGAUCCAUCUUAGGGUGUGAAUUUAUAACAUAUUGAAUCAUGCAGGUACCAGCCCCCCAUAGAUCCAUUCCCACCUUGUAUUUCUUGUUAUAUUUCAUAGGGAAUUAUUUCAGGAUUCAAUUUUGGACAUCAAUCUUUUCUUGCUCAGCAUUAUUAAUCUUUGUACAUACAUUUAAAGC